AUGACCAACCAACCCAAUCCCCCACAAAAGCCCUUCAUGGAGCAACUAGCCCUACGCCAAACCGGCGAAAACGAAUUCGAAAUGAUCAACUUCCCUCAGAAAAUGGGCAAUCCACUGGACAUUGCCUACGGCGGCUACACCAUCGCCGUAGCCUGCAAAGCAGCCUGUCUCACCGUACCAGACGGCUACAACCUCUACUCUCUCCAAGGAAACUACCUAGGCCCAGCUUAUACCGACCGACCCCUCCGAGCCAGCGUACGAGUAGUACGCCAAACCCGCACAUUUGCAACGCGCCAAGUCGAAGUAAGCCAAACGACCACUCCCAAAGACGGCCAGAAAGAAGAAAGCAGAAUAUGCCUCCUCGCAACCGCCGAUUUCAUCAUCAGUUCGCCCACGUCCCUCCUAUCCUACUCCCAAUCCCACACCCACCCCAACUGGCGCGACUGUCCUACACCGGAGGCGGCCUUCACCGCGCUAGUGGAGAAAGGCACCGUCCCCAAAAAGUUAAAAGAAGCCCACGAAAAGAGCUUCAAUCUCAUCUCCCACUUCUAUGACCAACGCCUCGUCCCCGACAGCGUCUUCACCCAGAACCUCUACGGCAUCGCCGCCUCAGCACCGCACACCCAAGACACCCUCGCGCCCUCGGAGCGCAGCACCGCGGACUGGAUCCGCAGCCGAGAACAGCUUCCCACCACUACCGAUAACAUGACAUCCCUGACCUUUCUCAUGGAUCUGGGCAUCGCGUUCUUACCCCUGUCGUUCAAUCAUAUGUGGUUUGGAGAUGCGAGUGCGGUGUCUAGUUUGGAUUUCUCCUUGAGGCUGUUUGUGGAUACGGAGGAGUUGAAAUUGGAUGAGGGGUGGUUGCUGAGGGAGUUGAGGUGUAAGGUUGCGGGUGAGGGCAGGAGUUUUGGCGAGGGUUGGGUGUGGGAUGAGGGGGGGAGGUGUGUGGCUAGUAUGACGCAGCAGUGUAUUUUGAGGCCGUUGGCGAAGAAGAAGGGGGAGGGGAUGGAGAAGGGGAAGGAGAAGGGGAAGUUGUGA